AUGGACGUCCCAGACGUGUUCCGCCAUGUCCAGGGCUUCGCGCCCUACGAGCGGCCCAAGAUACCCCAGGGGUUCCCGCCCAAGCGGCCCACCAACGUGCCCCGCGAACAGCACGGGGAUGCAGACGGCGAGGCAUCGCACCGCAUCGCGCACACCCUCACGGCAUGCUGCCGCUGUCGACAGAGGAAAACUCGAUGUGACCCAACCCUACCCCGCUGUCUGCCAUGCGAACGAUCGGGCUCCAUCUGCGAAUACUUCGACACUACCAAAGGAAAGAAGAUCAGCAGGUAUUAUGUCGUCAAGCUCCAGGAGAAAGUCAGGGCGCUCGAGGCCGAGCUCGGCCAAUACACCGAGGAGGAGGACUUUCCCAAGAACAACGAGGACCUGAUCCGGCCCGGAGGCUUGGUGCGCCUGAACGAGUCUGAUGAGACCCCGCGCUAUCUGGGACCCUCGAGCGGCAUUGCCAUGACGCGCAUGGUCAUGGAGCAGGCAAAGAGGUUUACCGACUCGAAGCGCAUAUCCGAUCUGGUACCGUCGGUGCGCGGCAGACGACAGCCUACCGUGGAUGGUAUAAGUCCUGUUGCCAAAAGAUCAAUCUCCUUCAGCUUACCGCCGCCGGUGUCGGCAAGAAAGAAGAGUUACCCCAUCAUCAGCGCUGUGGCGGCGCAAGGGUUGCCAAGCAGAGGUAUCGCGGACAGGCUGUUGGAAGUCUUUCACCAGCGUGGUCAAGUUUUUACGCCGGUUAUGCAUGAGAAGAAGCUGGCAACUGCUCUGGAAGAGGUGUACAACGGUAGCCGGGACCCGUACCAACAAUUCAUCGUGCGCAUGGUUAUGGCCAUCAGCAUGCAAAAGCUGGACACGACGUAUGCGGGCCUUGCAGACAGUUACUACCUGGCAGCUAUGCAGUAUUUCGAAGCUGUCGUCAGGGCAAAGGACCUCAAAACACUACAAUGCUUAGUUCUGACCGCACAAUACUCGUUACUGACACCCACCCGGACUGCUGUCUACUAUGUCGCGGGACUCGCUACACGUAUAUGUCAGCAGAUGGGAUUGGCAGAUGAGAAGACUAUUUCUAUGGGAGUUCCGGAUCCCCUUACAUUGGACAUGCGACGACGAUUGGCCUGGGUGGUGGCAACGAACGAGUUCGGAUUAUCGUACAGUAUGGGUCGCCCGAACGGCUUUGCCAAGACAGAUGAUAUGUUGGAUAUCAAGUUCUUCGACACCGCAAUGGAUGCAAAUAUCACGGAAGAUGGCAUUUUGCCCGGCCCGUCAGACCCCAAUAAAAUGGUUGCCGUCCAUUUCUGUAAAAUGAGGGUGCUACAAUCCGAAAUCCGCCGGGUUCUCUACGAAAAGAAACAACCGGAGCCCAGGGACGAUAGGCAUCCAUGGUUUGCGUCAAUGGAGACCAAGAUAAACCAGUGGCUCGAUACAUGCCCGGAGAACCCUGCCUGGUGCAAGCCUUGGUUUACCGGCCGGUAUCAUACCAUGGUUGUCGCCCUGCACAGACCGUCGCCUCAGGUACCCAAGUCAUCGCCCCAGUCGGCCUUGAAAUGUUACAAUUCUGCUGCCUUCGUCAUCAACAUAUCAAGCAAGCAGGUCAUGGCAGGUGCCAUUGAUGUCACCUGGGUAUUCUUGAUCACUCUCUACAUGUCUAUCAAUACUUUGUUGUGGACUGUGGCUUCGUACUCAGAGGUUCGGUCUGCUCAUUCACGAGAAGAGGUGGAGGAGCUCAUCAACGUCGGUCUGGAUAUGAUCGAUUCGUGUGCUGACCGCUGGCCGGGCACCUCCGCAGCCUCGGAGUUAUACUCCAAGUUUGCGGAGGCCUGUCUCAGGAGCUACGAUACGAGGGAUACGCCGAUUCUUUCCAAUUCGAGCACCUUGGGCACUCCCCCAUCGCAGCCUGACACCAACUCACCAUCAUCUGAGAUAACAAGUGCUUCGACGUUGUCCCAUGGUAGCGGCCAUGGCCAUGCGUUCAACCCACCUCAGUUUGGAUAUGUCUUUGAUCAGGUACCAGAGCAGGUUACCUUCGAUAACCCGUUCGGUUCACAGCCAUCGUUCCGUUCCAACUCAAUUUUCCUCAAUCCAGCUUCGAUUGAGUCCACUGGCCGCCGUUUUAGUUACUUCCCGCCGGACUUCACUCAAUCGACAGAGAAUCUCUUGAUGGAAGAAUCUACCCCACCUGGAACAGAGUCAACUGUGUCACCGCCAAUACUGUCACCCCCGGAUCACCUUCCAACGCCACCAGAUUCCGUUGGUCCCGGUCCUGCUGCCACACCAAUUCUAUCCACGCCGAUUUUAGCCACAAGCAAUUUGUCUACACCAAACGUCAAGACCACACCAGUCACCAUGGCCGGCAAUGUCAUGCACCACCAACAACAACGGGCCCAGCCCUCGGGCUUUACAAUCCCCCCAUUGCCCUCUCAGGCCCCGGGUCAGAGACCCCUCCCUCCCGCCACAACUGUUACAGACUGGUUCAAUCCGCCGCCACCAUUCAUCUCACCAUAUGCCUUCGGCAACACCAAUGCUGGCGGUGGUUUUUGGGGUGAUCCGAACAGCAGUAACGGCCUUGGAGUGAUGUCAAUCAGUGACGCGUCUUGGCCAGGACUUCCACCUGAGCGACAGGGGAGCUUGAGUCAGGCUCAACAGGUCGAACUGAUGGGUGUUCUGGAAAACGAAGGUAUGACAGACAUUGAUACUUAUCUCAACGGGAUCAACUUCGGAGGUGACAUCGCGGGUGGCGUUAACAACAUGAAUUGGACUGGAAACCCUUGA